ACCACAAUGGGGAAUAAGUUGGUAACUUUUACAGAACAACAGUUGGAAAAUUAUCAGGAUUGUACUUUCUUUACCAGAAAAGAAAUAUUAAGAGUAUUUAAAACAUUUCGAGAAGUACGUCCAGAUCUAAUUCCAAAACAAAUGCGAAAAAACGAGGCUAUUAACGCAAGAAUUCCAUUAGAAGACAGCAUAGAAAAAAUUCCAGAAUUGCACGAAAAUCCCUUCAAAAAACGAAUAUGUGAAGUAUUCUCUAGAGAUGGUAAAGGUAACUUAUCGUUUGAGGAUUUUUUGGAUCUACUUUCGGUUUUCAGCGAACAAGCUCCCCGAGAUAUAAAAGUUUUUUAUGCCUUCCGUAUUUAUGAUUUUGAUAGUGACCAACACGUAGGACCUGAAGAUAUUGACCAAGCCCUACUUCUGCUCACCAGAAAUACUCAAGAGCUGACUCCCGAAGAUAGACAACAAAUUGCAGAAAAAGUGAUUGAAGAGGCAGAUGUCGAUGGGGACGGAAAACUUUCGUUUAUGGAGUUUGAACAUGUAAUCACUAGGGCUCCCGAUUUUCUAACUACCUUUCAUAUUAGAAUCUAAUGGAAUAUGAAAAGGUUUUCUCAAGAAUAUAUAGUAUUAUAACAUAUUUUUUUAGUAAAUAUUUCUUAUUGACAUAUUAUAUUGUUUGCAUAGAUUUAUUAAUUUACUUUUUUAAUAAAAUAAUGAUUUAACAUAAUUCUUUUACCAAGUGUUUUUGUCUAUUAAAAUUUGCU